GAAUAGGAAGGCGGGUCUGUUCUCCAAGCACUUAAGAUCACUUUCUGUUUUCAAGUUCACCAGAGUUCAUAAACGCAGUGUGAGGCACAGUUUAGGACAGACCGAGUGCUUGAAACAGAGCAGGCAUUUUGCAGCUCAAAAACUUUCAAUUCAAAAUGGCUCAGCUUAAAAUACGUUUUGUUGAAGAAGUUGAGGCGAUGAUAGAAACGGCAAAAAAUCGAAAACCAGAAGACCUUGAGUUUAAAUACAAGGGGAUCCUGUAUCCCAGUCUCCUGUGUCAACCAGAGAACGUUGAUGCAAUGGAGAGCUUUGAAGCCAGGGAGGAUGAUAUACUGUUGGCAGCUUAUCCAAAAUGUGGUUAUAAUUGGGUGAUUGAGGUCCUGAAUAAAAUGGCAUUUUCUGCUGGAAAACUGAAAAAUCCCAAAUACAUUCCAUAUCUGGAGUUCACAAACCCAGAAAAGAUGAAGAAGUUGUCCACGUUGCCUUCUACAAGAAUCCUGGGAACUCACAUGAGCCCAAAUAAUAUUCCAGUUUCAUUCUUUGAGAAGAAAUCGAAGAUACUUGUGGUGCUUCGCAACCCCAAGGACACUGCUGUCUCGUAUUUCCAUUUUUACAACAAAAACCCUGUUCUGCCAACUUUUGAAUCCUGGGACAAGUUCUUCUCACUGUACAUAAGUGGAGAUGUCAUGUGGGGCUCCUAUUUUGACUACGCAGUUCUUUGGGAAAAGCACAUCGACAGCGAGAAUGUAAAGUUUGUAACAUUCGAAGACUUGAAAGCAAAUUUACCUGAAGGAAUAGAAAAGAUUGCCAAAUACCUCAACUAUACACUGAGUGAUGAACAGAUCCGGACAAUUGCAGAAGAAUGUACAUUUGAUGCUAUGAAGGAAAAAUCUAAGGAAACACAUGGUUCAUUUGGCAAAGUUAUAUUCAGGAAAGGUGGUGUUGGAGACUGGAAAAACCAUUUAAUUGAGGAACAGAGCAAGGAGAUGGAUGCAAAGUUUGAGCAAUGCCUUGCAGGAACUAAGAUUGGGGCAAUGAUAAAGUAUGAAGUGCACUGCAAAUAAAGAAAGUCUCAGCCACUAUAUGGUGAUACUAGUGUUAGUGGUUUAGCUAGUUAAAAAUUGUAAUAAUAAAUACAUCAUGAGAUGUUACAGAAAAGUCCAUAUUUUUUAAACAAUGUAACCCAAUGAAAAAGUUUUUUUUCGUAAUAUGACUUUUUAUUAAAGCCAGUAAAAGGGAAAUGUAAAAUUACAUUUGAAGACAUUUACUUUUUAAUAAAAAACAUUUGUAUGGACUGCACAGAUGAUCAAUUAUUAUGCCUUGUAUUCCGAAUUGUUUACAGUUCAUAUCCUGGAAAGGAUCUGAAUAAAUUGUUUAGCGA